CUUGUCACUUGGCAGACUAAGUUCUUCGCAUGGACAAUCCUUCAGGGGUUGGCCUCGUGGGAUAUUUCUGUUCUGGUCCACCACCGCAGGGUUGGAGAUGGUGCGAUACGUGGCUUCGGUGUCGUACAAUCUGAUUGUGGUGUUGUUCACUCGUCGUGUUUGUGUUAGUGUUCGUGAUCAUGCUUUAGGUAGUUAAUCUAUCGGUAAUGGUAUCAGGUUGUAUCAGACGCUCAGAGAUUGACUAGGUUUCAUGAUGUUCACCUCAUCGAGGCGGUUGACGCCGUGUUCAUAGCUGGAUGAUGCGGCACGAGAUGACUCCAAUCGUUUGUGGGGGAUACUAAUAAUCUUACUGUCGUUUCUGGGUUUGAAACUCCAAAAGUGGGGACAAUCUGGAUAAUUUCGGAAAGCGACGCUGUGUCACUUGAGUUGCAUUCCUUCAUGUUAUAUUCUGGUCUGUCACACCGAGAGGAUUGAUCAAUGAGAGUGCCGGCUCAUUUUCGAGGGCCGGCACUGCAAUCAGGCGAUGUAGGAUCGGUCCGCAGUCGUCCUAUCUACAGCUGCUUUUGAAUUAGAUGUAACUAGUCAAUAGCGUCAUUUUGACUAAUUUAACAAGUGUGAUAUACGGCCUCACCUACUUUUUUUAAUUUCAACAUCAUUGCAAAGUUCCACGCCAGCGACACCUCAAGUUGCUGUGUCCGCCCUUAGGUGGGAUUUUAAGGGCUACUCGAAACAACUGGAACAUUGUUUGCCACUACAAUCAUUACACUCUGUCGCAUCAAUCCAACUUGCAUACUAGCGUAUAGAUAUACUUGCAGCUCGUUGUCUUUGCCACAUCAAAUCGUUUGUUUAUUUGGGUGUUGCUUUUCAAAGACUUGCACGGUAGUCGGUAGUCAGCAUCAUCACUCGUACUAGAGGUUGCAGGCUAGAAGGCAUCGAAUUCGUCGAGUUUCAUUUCAAAGUAGACUAGCAUAGCUUCAUCCAAAAACCGGUGGAUCCAUGUACUGUAAUUUUAUGUUUAAUGAUGGUGCGCAAAAGAAGAGCAACCAAUAAAUCAAGGAGAAGCAUCGACUUAUGAAUGGAGGGAGCGGACUGGGCGUGCUUGUCGUCCGAUCUUAUUAUUGACGUGCUGCGAAAAAUCCAAGGAAGUGCUGAGAGUGAGGGAGAUGGCAGACGAAUUGUUGCGUUGGCCGGUGUUUGCCGCAGCUGGCGGCGUUCUGUUCAGCAAGAAAUGCACCUACAUCCGCCAGCUUUACUGUGCUUCUCUUCAGCUGUUCGCCAACCUGCACCAUCUGGAUCGUAUCUCCAGUGCAUGCUAAGGAAAACGGGCGACACUUUCCAGUUAGUCCAAGUUGUCCAGGGGAAGGAGUACUUCCUUCUCGGUGCCAGAAAGAAUUAUGCUCUAGGCUCCACGUACUUCAAAAUUAGCACAGAUCAUAGAAUUUUGUGGACGCAGGGACACGACGUCAUUAUCAUGACCUCAAACUUCUGGAGAACGUCGUUCGUAUUAAAAGAUUCAGGUCCCAAGAAUGAAUCCACCUCGAAUCUCUCCGUGCAGUUCGAGGAGGUUGCCAUCGACCGGAACUGCAUGCGAAAGAUGCGAUGCCACCUCGGCCCUCCAGCAAGCUACGACUCCACUUCACUGGACACAUCCAAAGGCAGCACACACAAAUGGUGGCGAACGUGGUGGAGUGGGUUCUUCCGAAGCAAUCAUCUGCUCAACCCCGUCACUCCAACCAACUUUUCUCCCAAAACUUCCAAGACCAGCACCUCAUUCUCACCCCGAGGCACCAAAUCCAGACAUCGCUCGUCAACCACCGAUUCCUCAACUCCGUCAAGCAGCGACACGAUCCUUUCCUUGACAAGCAAGACUCCCGUGUGGAACGAGCAGCUACAGUGCUGGUCCCUGGACUUCAAUGGCAGGGCCUCAAUCGUGGCGUCGAUCAACAACUUCCAGCUCGUCUCCACCGACUCGAAUGACGCAAGAUUGAUUCUCCAGCUGGGAAAACUCUGCAAAGGUCUGUUCGCCGUGGACUUCUGCGCGCCGCUGUCGCCCUUGCAAGCGAUGGCCAUCGUGCUCCCCAGCUUCGCCACCGCCGUCGGAAUAGACCCAUAGACUCACUCUAACCCACAAACUCUAGUGAAAAACGCGCAAACUACAACCAGUCCCUGCGCCAUGAGUCGUGGUCACGCCGCACCACUGCAUUGAAAUCUACGUUGCUCAUUCAUCGCACGAAUGGUGCCGCGUUGACGUGCUCGCACCGCAAUUCGACGCCCGCAAGUUUGCGAUCAACAAUCAACCAAAACUUCCACGCAACCGACGUCGUGACUCGCACUCUCGUGCUUGGUGCUCCCGACGGCACUGCCUCCAUUGUGGUUCUUUCUUCAUUAAUCCAUUUCUGUUUUUCUUAGUUGACGGAGUCUGUCGAUCAUCCAUCCAACCGACUUCUAGAGUUAUGAAUUGGUUGCCAAGUUGUUAUGGAAUUAUUUUUUGAUGAGUUGGGUAAGUGUGUUUAGGGUUUUGGGGUUUGGAUUAUAGUUGAGGUUGUUGUUGGAUUUGAACUGCAAGAAGAAUUUUAAGAAAUGCAAAGUAUUUUAGUGGUUGAUGCGAAUGUGAUCUAGAGAUGAUAAAGUGAUGUGUAUUAAAGGUUAACUAUAUAUCAUGAGGAGGCUUUCACAAGAUUUGUGAAUAUUAAACAAA